AUGAACAUAAUAAUCAUCGGUGGAGCAACCGGCGGAAUGUCAGCGGCCCUUCGGGCGCGACGUCUGAAUGAGAAUGCAUGCAUCACGUUGAUUGAGGAAGGUGACCGCUUAGGCUACGCCAAUUCUGGGCUGCCGUCGUCGGUAGGAGGUGUGAUUGAAACCGACACUUUCCUUAUACACCAGUCUGCAGUGGGAAUGAAGGAGAGAUUCAACAUCGACGUGCGAGAAAACAGUAAACUGAUCAGCAUCGCAAAGGAGGAACACUCUAUACAACUCAAAGGAUCGAAAACGAACGAAACAUAUCGGCUGUCCUAUGAUAAAUUGAUCCUCGCCCAAGGGGCUUAUCUCAAGUCCCCCCAAGUACCGGGCAUUGAGAAUGAGAACGUUUUCCCGUUCCGGACUAUGUUGGAUCUUCAUAAGAUCAGAGACUAUGUCUCUACCCACCAUUGUCGCUCAGCUGCAGUCAUUGGUGGCGGGUAUAUUGCUCUGAAGGCCGUGGAAAGCCUUUAUCAGUUCGGACUUCAAUUGAGCAUUAUACAGUGCCAACCUCGCCUUUGUCAGGACUUUGACUCUGAUAUCGCCAAUGUGAUAUUAUCGGAACUCGUUAAGAAUGGAAUUCAGAUCCAUCUAGGCGCAAAGAUCCAGCGUAUCGGCAUAGGAGUUACCGAAGAUGGCAUUUUUGUUACCCUUGCCAACGAGUCCAGCAUUCCUGCCGAUCUUGUCAUCGUAGCGACUGAUCUGACUCCUCGAACGGAGAUCGCUAAAGCUUCGGGCCUCGCAUAUAAUGAUGGUGUCAUUGUGAACGAAUUCAUGCAGACGAAUGACCCUGAUAUUUAUGCGGUCGGUGAUAUGACAGAGAUAACUAAUUCCGGCCUACGAAUAUCGAAUCAUUUACCCCUCGGCGGUACAGCGAGCCUACAAGGCCGGCUAGCAGUUGAUCAUAUAAUGAAACGUGCGACCCCUUACCGUGGUCACAUAGGAAUCUUCACCUGCAAAGUCCACAACUUAACUGCAGCUAUUGUCGGGCCAUCAGUGGAGAAGCUCAAACAAGCCGGGUAUUAUCCUCUGUUCGUGACAGUUCACGUGCCUGACCGCGUGGGCUAUUAUCCGUCAGCCCAGCAGAUAACCCUAAGAUUAGCCUUUCAGCCUGUUAGUGGUAUUCUGCUGAGCGCUCAGAUUAUUGGCCGAACAGGGGUAGAUCAACGAAUUGAUGUGUUGUCCGUUGCUUUACAAAGCGGCCUAACCGUUUUUGACCUAGAAAACCUGGAGCUCUCAUAUGCCCCCGAAUAUGGUUCAGCAAGAGAUCCGGUGAACGUCGUGAGCAUGGUCGCAGGUAACCUACUCAGAGGGGAUCUGCAUACUAUCACGGCUAGUCAAUUGGACGACCACCUAGAUGACUGGCAGAUUAUUGACGUACGGUCUCCCGAAAGUUUUUCUCAAGGUCAUAUUCGGUCGGCUGUCCAUAUUCCAAUCGACGCACUGCGCCAUAAUUUAUCCUCCAUCGACAAGACGCGACCUGCUGUUGUCUACUCCCGCGUCGGCUAUCAUGGCUACCUUGCUUACCGAAUUCUGAUCCAGCUGGGCUAUGAGGUCUUCAAUCUAGACGGAGGUUUUAAGUUGUUCCUUGAAGGUGGGUCAAGAUCUAGUGUUUUAUCUGGGAAACAGGGUUGA